UCAUGAAGGCUUUCAUCGACUGAAUUUAAUCAUGAGUUUUGUAACAACCGUUUGCUUUGUCUUUCUGAAUUUCAAGACGUUUUUAUCAGCCUCUGGUUCGGAUCAAUGGACUGUUGAAAGAAAGAUGGGGAAAUCAACCUUUCAGAUCAUAUCAAUUCAGAAAUCAACCGACGAAAAGUUUGUUUACUAUUCUACCAUGAUCAGAGCACCUAGAAAUACAGAAAUGGAAACAUAUGAAGGCGGUUUGUUUUCUAACUGGAGAAAGAACUCGAAAUGGGAACUAGUAACUAAUGACAGCGAUGGUGAUACAGCGCUAUACAAAGCAAGCCUAAAAGGUAAGCCCAAAACCUUCCUGAUACCACCGGUGUGGCUGAAAUCAGAACCCGAAAGCUUCAGAAUGCAGUAUGCUCCUUUUGCAACCAUAGAAAAACAAACAAUUUUUAAGUUUAAUGAUUGCCAGUUUCAAGUGGAAAAGCGGGAAUCUGAGACAUCUUCCACAUAUAAAAUUACCGUAAGAAACUGCAACUGCAGGCGCAAAUUUGAAGGAUCAGUUGGAAAAAUGACACCAAAUGGAUUCGAGGAAACAAGUGGAUUAUCUGCCUUGUAUUUCUUCCCGGCCCAUAUGUUUGAAGGUUCUUCAUUGGAUGACCAAAUAUCUUCCAUCUUCAUUAAUCGCACAGCUCUUAUCAACGAUGGCGUUGACGUCAAGUCUUUACAGUUCAUUAUUGAACGUGAACAAGAUGACUUGGAUAAAGACAUGGUUGAUAGAUCAGAACUCUAUUAUAGAUUGAUUUAGGUUGAAUAAAAGAAAACUGUGGAUAUAACCGUGACACUUUUGAUAUUUAAAAUAAAACAUUGUAUAUUGUAGAAUGUAAAAUGUGACGUCAUAGGUCGUUAGCUACGUUUCCUUUAUUAUCGAAGGUGCAAUUUUUCAAAUAAAAGAGAUGACAACAUU